AUGGUCGUGGUGGGGAUCAGCGUGUUCUCCAAAAUCUUCAGCCACGAGGCCCUGGAGAGCUAUCUCCCCAAGAUCCAGCUGGUGAUCAAAGACACUCUCCGGGCCUGGAGCAGCAACCCGGAGUCCAUCAACGUCUACCACGAGACCCAAAAGCUCACUUUCCGCAUGGCCAUCCGGGUCCUGCUGGGUUUCCGCAUCCCUGAUGAGGAGCUCAACCGACUCUUUGAAGUCUACCAGCAGUUCGUGGAGAAUGUAUUCUCCUUGCCUGUGGAUCUGCCCUUCAGUGGCUACAGGAGGGGAAUCCGAGCGCGUGAGACACUGCAGAAGGGGCUAGAGAAAGCCAUCCAGGAGAAACUACAGAACACACAGGGAAAGGACUACGCUGACGCUCUGGACAUCCUGAUAGAGAGUGGCAAAGAGCACGGCAAGGAGCUCACCAUGCAGGAGCUCAAGGACGGCACUCUGGAGCUCAUCUUUGCCGCCUAUGCGACGACUGCCAGUGCCAGCACCUCUCUGAUCAUGCAGCUCCUCAAACACCCUCGGGUCCUGGAGAAGCUGCGGGAGGAGCUGCGGAGCAAAGGCAUCCUCCACAACGGCUGCAUCUGUGAGGGCUCCCUCCGGCUGGACAACAUCAACAGCCUCUACUACCUGGACUGCGUCAUCAAGGAGGUGCUUCGCCUCUUCACUCCCAUCUCUGGGGGGUACCGGACGGUGCUGCAGACCUUCGAGCUGGAUGGUUUUCAGAUCCCCAAAGGCUGGAGCGUCAUGUACAGCAUCCGGGACACCCAUGACACGGCCCCCGUAUUCAAGGACGUGGAUGUCUUCGAUCCUGACCGCUUCGGGCAGGGCCGAACCGAAGACAAGGAUGGCAGGUUCCAUUACCUCCCCUUCGGAGGAGGAGUACGGACCUGUCUCGGGAAGCAUCUGGCCAAGCUUUUCCUCAAGGCACUGGCCAUCGAGCUGGCCAGCACCAGCCGCUUCGAGCUUGCCACCAGGACUUUCCCCAAAAUCACUCUGGUGCCCGUGGUCCAUCCGGUUGACGGACUCAAGGUCAAAUUCUUUGGACUGGAUUCCAACCAGAACGAGAUCCUGACGGAGACAGAUGCCAUGUUGGGGGCGACGGUGUAGACCCACUCCGGCUGCCAAGGGAAGGGCGGACGGGGAUGGAGGGGUGGGGGUGGGGGCAACAGGGAGAAAAGGAGG